UGGGUGUCAUGUUUCUAGUUGUCAUUAUUUUUGUUGUCACACAUUUUUUUCUCUCUUGAAUGUUAAUAAAUGAACCAGUACUCAUCAAUUUCCAGCUCCAGCUCUUGAAUCGUCUCAUUAAGAUCCAAACAUGUCUUACGGCUAUGUCCCCCAGUACGUAACGGAAGAACCAGAGUCCGAAAGCGACUGUCCCUCGGACGACCAAGUCAUGCAACACGUUACAUCCGACGUUACCGAACUGUACCGGAGGAAACAUCAAACCGUAAACCAUCACCGGAACUCAGCCGGAACAUAUUAUCACACGCACGUACCCAACUGUUACGAACAACAAACCCGAAUCCCGGCGACUUGUGUGUGUAACCUGCCGCCUGAUCCCAGAUACUGCUAUUAUAAACCGGUUCCUCAAGCCCAGGAAGGGAUAUUCAGAAGUUCUACAACUGUCUCACCGAAUUUGCGGACUUGUCCUGACACGAAAGCCGCCUCUACGGCCACCUUUAAGAAAUAUCCGGUCACGGCGAGAACUCCAAGAUACUAUCGUGGCGUCGGCAGCCAAGUGUGUAAACGUCCUUCAGCCCUUUGUCUUCCGGUAACGUGUCAGCCCGAUCCUGCAGCGUUCCAUCGUCCUCGAAAAGCGGCCCCAACUCCUACGGAAAUUCAGCAUUAUCGCGGUCAAGAAGCUGCCUACGCAAUUAAUGACUACGUCAUGAGAACGACGGCGGUCAAGAGAACGGACACCCGUCCUGUCGAUUCCGAAGGAGACGUGAAUUCGAGAUUGAACGAUCUGGAAAAUUUCCUCACCAAAUUCGACGACGAAGCCGAAGACGAAGGCGAAACCGAACAAGUCGAGAUAUCAGGAGUCAGCGAAAUAUCGAAGAUUUUAAAACCGAAGGUCCCGGCAUCGGUCAAGGCCAAACAACCCGACAAAAUUAUAAAACUUAGAGCUGUUAAAACAAAUGUAACUGAAACUAUCACAAGCCCCGAGAAAGUAAGUAAAUUAGAAGUAAAAGAAGCACCUGAAGAACCCUUAAACGUACUUUUACAAAAAUUAAAUAAAGAUAAUCCCAAACCAAAAGAAACGAAAAGUGACAAUGAAGUGAAACGAGAGUCGAAAUUUAAGUCAGUAAUGGGGAAGAAUAGACAGUUUUGUAUCGAACAAAAACCYCCACUUGACGAUAACUCGGCAUUGGAGUUGCACAAAUCGAAAAGUUAUAUCGUGAGUCUAAUUGAUAAAGCUUUAAGUAGAGAAUUGGGAACUGUUCCUGGCGACAAGUGCACGAGAAAAGAGUUUAUGACAAUGAGUCCUAAGAAAGCAAUCGAUUUGGUUAAUCGGCACACAUCUUCGACUAAAGGUGGAGAAAAAAACAUCAAUCUGGAUGUCGCACAAGCAGGUUCUUCAAAGAAAGACGAUCAGUGUGUUUGCAAAAACGGUAUGGUUUGA